AUGGGGAUUCUUAUAGGAAUUUUUAGUAAAGGACCAAAAAUUGCCCUCCGUCCCCAUCUCCGCAAGGAAUGGUGCAGAAUGAAGUCAUUUAUUGUGAAGGAAGACACUCCGCAGAGGAGAAGCUAUAGACAGAAGAGUUACUCAUUUGCUUUCCAUUAGGUUUCCUUUAUUAUAGAUGUUGUUUUAUGGUUUCGGAGUUUUUUCAUUUUUGAACCCGGGCAUGCCUGAGUUGAGAGAAUGUUCAUACGUACUCUUAUUCUAGGAUUUUGGACUGCAAUGAAAUGACCAUUCUCCCUAAAAAGGGCAGUCGACCCUCGUGGAUUUGGAACAUCAUUUUAUGUGAAGAGACUCUUUAAAAGAGAAAAUGGUACGCAAAUCAAGAGAGAUGUUGUUAGUGGCAAUCAGUCAAGAGUCAAGAGUCAAGGCUAUUCCAUUAUCAAGGAUUUCGAGGCCACCAUUGGAUCUGGGUGCAGCAUCAUUUGCAUUAGUGAUUGGGAAUAAGCUAGGACAUGGUGGACUAAAAGAUAAAGACCUUGUUGUACCCUUAGAACUGGGUGUCCAGGGCAAAAUUAGUGGCAAUGUGCUAGCUGGAGAUGAGUACUGAAUUCCAUAUGACAGAACUCCAGAACAAAUUCUAAUGAUUGUGUAUGGAACUGGGAACGAGACAGUCCCUCAGGUUUCUACCCAAAGGGAGCUGUUGUUGCACGAAAUACGUGUUUAAAAAAAUCUGAGAUUAAUG